AUGCAGAUUUCCACCAUCCUGGCCUCGGCACGCUAUGCGUACAACAACACCCCCAACACUGACUCGAAGCUUCGAGCCCAGUACCUUACAUUGAUCAUCCGCAAUCGCGACAACUUCAAGAAGAGCGGCACUAUGAAGGUCGAAAUGGAGCAAGGCGGUACAGACCUGUUCUUCGAUCUUUUCGUCGCCAUGUGUAAUCAUAUGGAUGAUUUGAAGACCAUUCGGUCCCCAUUUUCGUCUCCAUUUACUCGUUGA